AUGGGUAUACUCAACUUUGAACAAAGGCACAUAACGUUUGUAAUAUAAAUAGAGUUGGAAACUACAUAUGUUUCAAUGAACAAUUCAAAUGUUAUAUUGGUUAUUCCUCGUUGCUGCUUCUUUAAUCACAUAAGAAGCGCCAAUCUCAAGAAGAGAUAAUGCUGGUGUUGUAGUCUAUAAUAUAAACUUAACUCCAUCAAAAAUAUGAAAAAGAAGUAAAAUCGACAAUAUUCCUAUUGGUAAUAAUGAUGUUAAACAUUGGUAUUUCACAAUUGAAGCUAGAAUUGGUUCUAACCAAGAUAUCGUACCUUUAGUGCUUGAUACUGAUAGUCAAUUAGCUCAGGUAUUUGGGACUAAAAUUCAAUGUGAUCUUGUUUGUUACGCUGAUGUCACUUAUGACAGUGCCAAAUCAACUACAAUUCAAAGAGCAGGGAAAAAUUCAACUAUUCAUUAUGGUUAUGAUGCUGGUACUUUUCUUCAUGGUGAAUAUGUCACUGAUGACUUUUUACUUGGGAAUAUAACAAUUAAACAGUUUCCAUUUGUUGAUGAUAUACAAUCUUGAGGUUGGGUUGUUGGUAUCCUUGGAAUUGGACUAAAAGAUCUUCAACUCAAUUUUCCUAAUAUUGCUUAUAACAAGGAUCUAUUAAUAAACCAAAGUAUUCCUUUUAUUUAGGUGAUAAUUCAUUUGGUGGUAAAUUCAUUUUAGGUGGUUAUGAUGAAGCAAAAUUAGACGGUGAAUUUAGCUGGUCACCUUAUACUAAUAAAAUGCAACAAUUCUCAGCUCAGUUUGAUUACAUGGUAUUAAAUGGUAAAAAAAUAACAGUGAAUUUGACAAAAGCAAUUGAUAGUGGUAUGUCGAAGCUUAUUUACCUGAACCUAUUUAUAAUGAAGUAGCACAAGCUUUGGAUGAUGCAAAUUAUGGUAUUGGACAAGUAAAUUGCACUGCAUUGGAAGGUAAGACUGUCACCCUUUCAAUUAAUGGUAAAGAAUUAGAAGUUCCUUUGAAAUCUUUGGCUCAACCAAGUGGAUCUGGCGAUCAUUGUUAUGCUUCUUUUCACAAAUCAACUGACCCAACCCUUGGUACUUGGUUUUUUGGAUAUGUUCAAGUUUCGAUUGAUUUUGAUAAUUCAUUAAUCGGAUUUAGUCAAUUAAAAAAUACAAAUACAACUGAUACGAAUAUAGUUCCAUUUUAA